GUUUGAUUUAAUCGGUAGGUAGCUGUAUGCAUAAGAGCUGGAUUGUGUUUGAAGAAUGGACUCCCUCUGCUCCAAGUUCUCUUGAGGUCCAUGCAGAUGUUUUCUCUGGUGAGGAGGGAGAGCUUCUUCCGGUGCUGAACAUGCAGUGGAAAGUGGCUACUGAUGCAAGUAUUCAGUUCCUUGGAGGAGUAGAAUUAAGUGUGCUGCAGGUGAACAGUAACAGGCAGGUCUGUGCUCAGUUCGAUUUUCAAAACAAACUGCCAUACCAAGUCAGACCAGAUGAUGGACGUCCGUGGAAUUUCUCUUUCAACCACUUUGUGGUGCAACCGGGUCUGACGUACCAAGUGACUGUCUAUCACCUGCCCAAGUUAGGCACUGAUGGAGACCAAAAUAGUAAAUCCAAGCCAUAUACAGUACCAGGUUGCAUGGAUCCUGCCAUGAAAAUGACUGAACCAUGUCUGCAAAGAGGAAAACCGCAUGCCCUGGACCUGGAUAACCCAGAAUAGCCGAUCUCAUCAAAUCUCAGGAACUAAGCAGGGUGAGCUCCUGGUCAGUAUUUGGAUGGGAAGGCCACCAAGGAAUACCAGGGGGGCACUAUGCAGAGAGACAGG